AUGGUAUUCUCCGUGUUUGAGAAUGUGACGCCCAUUACAAAUGAACUGAUCGUCACCAUGAGUCAGAUGAGAGACGACAUCUUCCGCAACCUCACCAACCCACAAGCCACUGCCGGUACCAUGUGCACUAUUCUACCACGCUACAACACAAUUAUUAAAGGCCACAGACGAGGUGAGUUGACGGUACUGACCGGCCCAACUGGUUCAGGAAAGACGUCACUGCUGAGUGCUCUGUCGCUGGAUUACUGCCAACAAG